AUGUUUCAGGCAGGUUGUACAAUUGGGUAUUACGGUGACAAGUGCUUACGACAGUGUCAUUGUACCAACGCUUCGGCUUGUGAUGCCAAUACUGGACAUUGUGAGAGCUGUGCACCCGGUUGGACUGGUUAUGCCUGCGACUCAGUUUGCUCUAAUGGUACAUAUGGAAAAGGAUGUGCGAACGCCUGUGGUCACUGCAUCAACAAACAAACAUGUGAUCACGUCACCGGAAACUGUACUUCUGGAUGUGAAAUUGGUUAUUACAGUUCUGAUUCAUUUUGCAAAACACCUAAAACGCAUAGUGGCCUCCGUGGCCGAGUGCUUAUGGGCACAGAUUUCAAACUAUCUGUGCUUCACUAA